AGACAAAUUUCUAUGUUACAAACCAUUGAAGAAGCUUCUCAAACAUCACUUGCCGACAACAACAACAACAACAACACCCAUUAAUCUUCAUCUUCACUUUCUUCAACAACCCUUUUCUCCAAACAUCUUGCAAUCUUGGUUCCUGAAUAUUCUUAAUCAAGAGCUUGAAAAAUUCAAUGAUUUCUAUGUUGAUAAAGAGGAAGAGUUUGUUAUCAGAUUUCAGGAACUCAAAGAGAGAAUUGAGCAUCUCAAAGAAAAAAGCUUUAAGAAUGAAAAGUACACUUAUGAUUGUGAAUUUAGUGAAGAAAUGAUGGAUAUUAGGAAGGACUUGGUUACCAUCCAUGGAGAGAUGGUGCUUCUAAAAAACUACAGUUCCUUAAACUUUGCAGGACUAAUUAAAAUUUUGAAAAAGUAUGAUAAAAGAACCGGUGGGUUGUUGCGUCUCCCUUUCACACAAGUUGUUCUUCGACAACCUUUUUUCACUACCGAGUCUCUGACAAGGCUGGUUCACGAAUGCGAGGAAAAUCUUGAGCUACUCUUUCCACUACAAGAAGAAGUAAUUCAAUCAACUUCUCAUCCAGAACGCGAGUCUAGACCAUCAAUAGAUAAUGCAUCAAAUACUUUACCUGAGCCUGAGGCAUCCUCAACUCUCGGAGAGGAAACCGUUCAUUUAUAUCGUAGCACUCUUGCCGCUAUGAGAGCCAUAAAGGGUCUUCAGAAAGCGAGCUCGACCUGCAAUCCAUUUUCCUUUUCUUCUUUAUUUAGCAACCAAGAUGAUGAUAGCAAUGGCGCUGUAACUGCCGAAAACUCUGCAGCAAAUUCUCCGGCUACUUUGCAAGAUGAGGAAGGAACUGAUAAAGAGGACAAUGACUAACCCUUUUUCUUUUAGGGUUGUUUUGUUUCAUACUUGUUAGUUGAAACUAAAUGAAAUUUUAUCUCUUUGUGGGCAUAAUAAAGAGUAAAUUAUACGCGUAAAUAAUGAGAUGUAUUUUGUUUAGCAUCUAAUUUGGAAAAUAAUACUUGAACAUUGUUUUUUUUCACUCUUCACUUAUAUAUAACUUUGUAUGCUUGUUACAA